AUGGGCCUCCCAGAAACAGACGAGAAGCACGUCUCGGUCCAACAAACCACCUCCAACGACUCAUCGCCACCCCGAUCCCACUCCGUCAACGUCGAAACCCACCAAGUCCAACUCAAAGACGUCGACGAAGCGGCCAAGUUCGUCGCCGGUUUCCAUGGCACCAUCACGGAAGAAGACAGCCUGCGUGUGCGCCGCAAAAUCGACCUGCACAUGCUGCCACUGAUGAUGAUCCUGUACUUCGUCCAGUUCACCGAUAAGACUACGCUUGGUUCGUCGUCCAUUCUCGGGAUUCGACAGGACAAUCAUCUUUCGCAGUCGCAGUACAACUGGCUGGGUACGAUCUUCUACCUGUCGUAUCUCGUCUUUGAAUGGCCGCAGAGUCUGGGAUUGCAGAAGUUCCCGCCGGGGAAGUGGAUGGCGGGGAAUAUUCUCUGUUGGGGCGUUGUGCUGUGCGCUCAUGCGGGUUGUCAUAGCUUUGCUGGUUUGUUCGUCUGUCGCUUCUUGCUGGGUGUCUGCGAAGGCUCCAUCACCGCUGGCUUCCUCAUCGUGACGAGUAUGUUCUACACGCACGCUGAAGCCACACGAAGAGUCGGAUACUGGUUUCUCAUGAACGGCACGGCGCAGAUCUUUAGCGGCUUCGUGUCGUUUGGAGUAUACCACGUGGAUCCGAGUGUCAUUGCCCCGUGGAAGCUGUUCAUGAUCAUCACCGGACUGAUCACGCUGAUUGUGGGAACCUGCUUCUGGUUCUUCAUUCCGGAUUCUCCGAUCAAGGCGAGGUUUCUGACCAAGGAGGAGAAGAUCAUUGCCGUGGAAAGGUUGAGAAACCAAAGUACUGGUGUGAAGAACAAAACCUGGAAGAGGGAGCAGUUCAUCGAGGCGUUGACGGAUUGGAAACCGUGGGCUUUCGCCUUGUUUGCAGCGUUGGGCAAUAUCUCGAAUUCACUUACCAACAUGACGCAGCUGAUCAUCAAAUCCUUCGGCUUCACCACCGAACAGACCACUCUGCUUGCGGUGGUUCCCGGAGUAAUCGAGAUCAUCACCAUCUACACCUCAGUGCUCGUCGUCAAGAAGUUUCCCAACUCUCGAGCAUACGUCGGCGCAUGCUACUCCAUCCCCAACAUUGUAUCUGGAGUCUUGCUGAUCAGCUUGCCGUGGUCCUGCAAGGGCGGCCUUCUCUUCGCCAUGUACCUGGGAGGAUGGGGAACACCCAGCUUCGUCCUGGCUCUAUCCUGGUGCGCGGCAACCAACACCGGCCACACGAAGAAGACCACCACGAAUGCCAUGCUGCUGGUCGGAUACUGCCUGGGCAACCUGCUGAGUCCGCAGAUGUGGCAGGCCAAGUACGCUCCUCGAUACUACAUCCCAUGGGGCAUCAUCCUGGGCGCGUACGUCGUGAAUCCGAUCAUCUUGAUCUUGAUCAGAUAUUACUUGAACAAGGAGAACAAGCGUAGGGAUGAGCUGGGCCAUGAGAAGGUGGAGAAGUAUUUGGAUGAGAAUGGGGAUGAGAUUGAUCCUACGUUUUUGGAUGUUACGGAUCGGAAGAACAUGGCUUUCAGGUAUCCGUUGUAG